AAGACGGGUUUGGGCUUCUUUGCAGUCACUGCAUUUUCGCUUGCAUCAAGCUUUGGUGGACUUGCUAAUCAAGGCAAGAUCAAUGCUGGCACAAGACUUACAACCGGAAGCAUCUCCAGCGAAAAUGCUGUUAUACACUAUUCUUCGGGGGCAUUUGUGGUUGUGAAAUGCAGUACACGAGAUCGGAAGAAAUAUUCUUCAGCUCAGAGACUACUUCAUAUACGAUCGGGGCUCGAUCCUACUUUUAUGUUGCAGCUCUUUACUCCACUCUGAUCAGCAUCGGCAUAGUGUUCGUGGCGAACGCGCAAACAAGAUUCCAACUUUCGUUCAUUGCUGCAUAGGCCGCGUUGACGCUUUUGGAUGGAAUUGCAUCAGCGCUACCGUCAAAAAUUCACUGGUGUACUUCUGGAUACUCCGUUCAGCAAGAGCUUUUUGAAGAUCCCAGAACUUCCUACUGCACAACAUUCUCAGAGGUAUUAUGGAAGACAAUUGUCCUGACUCAAGGUUCAAGCUGGGCCAGGACAGGAAUGGCUGUUCCGGAUACAGGUGGAUGGAAUGAUUGGCUUAAACAGGCACACGAAGCAACACAGAAGACACAGACACGCGAGGACCCGGACGGUAUCACCAGAUGGUCCAUUCCUCAAUGGAGCGUCUAUGAUACUUUAUCAAUUUGUCUGAAAAAUGAUCAUUCAGAACAGCAUAAUCCUAUUAUUGUCUGACAGCUU